AUAUAUAUUUUGGUGGUAGAAAGUUGAAUGGAAAUACAAGACUUUUGCAUUUUGCUUUAUAUAUAACUUACCGUAAUAGAGAAGGAUUUUACUAUUCAGAAAAAUACAAUGUCUAAAGAAAAGACGGAAGCGAUUCUACAGGAAAAUAAAAGUUUCUUACAAAGAGAACUGGACGAUUUGAGGUCAUUAGAUCUUUUGCGAGCAUCGCUUGCGGAGUUUCUCGGAGUCAUGUUUCUUGUUAUGUAUGGAGUAGGCGCAGGGUUGUAUCAUGAAACUCUUGGAACGAAACCUAGCAGCGCACAUAUUGCCAUAGAAACAGGAUUCUUUAUAGCCGUCAUAAUAACAACACUGAGUACCGUGAGUGGAGGUCACGUGAAUCCCGCCAUUAGCAUCGGUUUCCUAGUAACAGGGGCCAUAACCUUUUCCAGAUUUUUGUUCUACUCGUGUUUUCAAGUCCUUGGUGCUAUUGCUGGUAUGGCUUUCAUAAGCAUGGUUUCACCUGUUGAAAUGCAGCAUGGAAGUUUUGGCGUGAUUUCGCCCGGACCAAACGUCACUGACGUCCAAGCGUUCGCUUGUGAGGCCUACAUCACGUUUUUACUUGACUUUGCCACUUUCUCCUUCCUUGAUCACGGGAGAUCGGAUAUGGCUGGUUCCGUUCCGUUUAUCAUCGGAAUUCUGGUUGUUGCCAAUGUGUUCUCAACAUGGAAUUUAUCGGGUGGUUGUAUGAAUCCUGCUAGAAAUUUCGGUCCCAUGGUCAUUAACGGCACUUAUGACAAGGUUUGGGUUUACUGGGCUGGGCCAAUGAUAGGUGGAGCCCUGGGGGCUCUCAUAUAUGACCGCGUGUUUUCAACUCGAGCAUGUAGAAAUACACUGUAUGGCUGUAAAAGCAAAGACCCACAAAAGACGGAAAUGACCAAAGAAGUGUACGUUAACGAAACGUUUACGGUUGAUCACUCAAACUUAUGACCUGAACAAUCUAACCUUUUUUAGGUGAAGUAUAUAUGUAGAUGCAAGUUGCAUUAAGUCCCUACAAAAUUGUUGAUAUCGGUUUUCGAAAUCCAAAAAGAGCUGGAUGAAAGUUAAUAAAAGUAGUUAAUAUGAAUAUGAAAUAACUAAAUAUCUCUAAAGUAUGUUGCAGAAAAUUUGAAAUUGUGGCAUAUUGCAUUGAGGAAUUCAAUAGCGAAUUCAACGGUAUGAAAAUAGUUUGAACAGACAAUGUACAAUACGAUUUUCCUGUGAUGACAUGUAAUAACUCUGCUGGAAUAUCAACGAAUGAUCGAUGGAUAAAUGCAUUACAGCAACCAACUGCAGAUCAACUGAAGAUCUUCAAAACCAAAAGUGAUCAUGUUUGUACAUCAUCUUUAAUACAAUAUGAAUAAUAUUAUUAAGAACAAUGACAGACGAAUGACCUUACAAAUGCAACCGAAUGCACGAUACACAAGGGUAGUAUGAUGGUUCAAUAAAUGUUCAUGUACAUGUAUGCUGAACGAGCAAUUUGUUCGAUCAGAAUAUGAAAGAGAUUUCUCAAUCACAAUGUUUUCGUAUUGAAAUUUUAUAAAUAUUCAGUAAUUUGCUUCUACGAUAAAACAAUAGAAUGAAAAAUAUGUAAAUAGCAACAAAACAUGGCUUUUAACUCUUUUUAACAUAGUUACUAGCAUUUACAAUCAACUGCAAUUUAUGUUAUCAAAAUUUCAAAUAAAAAUCUGUAAUGAAAAACACGAAAUGAACAAAAAGCAUACAAAACAACAUGACAACAAUCAAAGCAUCACAAGUCUGUAUAAAUUUAAAAAAUGUUACAGUUGGAAUUGAUAUGUAUACAUGUCAAACGUACAUGUAUAGUUUAUUGAAUUUGUUGUUAUACAUGUAGGGAGAGGGCAAAUUAAGUUUUUAUAACUUGUGCCCAAUCCAUUUGUACCAAUUUAUUACAAUAAAAUAUGUUCAAAUAAAGUAUGCGUGACACCUUCAUGACAGGUGACUGGUCAGUAUCCGGAUAUGUAAGAAAUCCAUCAGACACCGCCAGAUUGACCUCUCCUAAAUCAGCCAUGGUCAGAAAAUAUACGAUCAGAAUGCUCCCUUAAAUAGAUACGAUAAUCAUUCUACAACAUUUAUUCUACAUAUUGAAUGACCAGCAGUUCACGUUUUUAUCGAAAAUUUUUAAAUAUCAAUGCUUUGAUUCUUGUCCAUUUUUGAAGG